UUGACAAUUUAUGUCUGACAUAAGUAUCGAGUUAUGAACAUUUGCCUGUGGAUAUGUGGGGUUACUCCCAUUUGGAAACAAAAAUUUGUGUUGUGAUAUCUAUUUUGCUUUAAUAAUUGUGAUUUUCUUCAAUAAUUUGAUAACUAAGGUUUAAUAAUGGAUUUGCAGCAGCUUGAAGAAGAAGCCCGUCAGGCCGCCCUUAAAGACAUAAAGAAUAUGCUUCAGAGGCCAGGUCAAUUAGAAAAGGUUGAUCAAUUUCGGCAUCGGGUAGCGAGAAAGAAGGCAUCAGUAGAAGCAUUGUUAAAAACGGGCAUGCAAAAUCAAUUGGAUGGCGUGCGUGUUGGGUUAAAGCAAUUAGAAACUUGUUUGCAGGAUGUCCGAGAAGCUCGUCAGCGUAUGCAGGAAGUGGAUCGUUUAUUACAGGGAGUACCGGAAAUAUAUGAUGCACUGGAGGUAGUACGUGAAGAGAAUACAAAGCAUUCGCAAUAUGCUACGGCAAUGGAAAAUCUCAAACAUAUAUUCAAUGUGGAAGCUAGUGUUCAAAAGACAAUGACACUUAUCGAUGAAGAUAAACUUUUAAAUGCACACCAAUGUCUCGCAGACUUGGAGAACUCUCGUGAUGAUUUACUUUACGAAUUGCAUAAACAGCCUAAACAACACGCCUCUGACAAAAUUACACUAAAACGCCAUUUCGAGAAAGUGGACUCUGUGUCUCAAGCACUUGAAAAGAAGCUACGGCUAAUACUUAGUCGUACAUUAAAUACUGUUCGGAAAGAACCUACUGUAAUAGUGACAGCAUUAAGAAUAAUUGAACGGGAAGAAAAAAAUGAUCAAUUCGCUUUGCAGCAGCAGAAAGUCACUGGUUUCCUGCCACCGGGACGGCCAAAGGAAUGGCGUUCUAUGGCUCUGAAGAUAUUGCAGGACGCAGUAGUUACACGCAUAGAGGGAUCAAAAUUGGAAGAGCGUGCUGAUAACAAAAUGUGGUUAGUACGUGAUCUCGAAAUUUUGCGACAGAUAAUUUUGGAAGAUUUAAGAGUUGUAAAAUCAUUGUGCGUGCCGUGUUUUCCUCCGCAUUAUAACAUCUUUAAUGAAUAUGUGAAAAUGUAUCACGAAGGACUUUCCUCUUAUGUCGAUAAUAUUGCGAAAUCGGGUCUCGAAGGCAAUGAAUAUGUAUCGAUGUUGUCUUGGGUUAUGAAUACAUAUCCCGGAAUAGAGUUGAUGUCACAUCCUGAUCUUAAGGUCGAUAUCCAGAAAGUCGUUGGCCCAUUAUUGAGACCAGAACAUCUCAAGUCACUGGAGGAUGAAUACCUAUGCAAUAUGCAACGAAACUACCAAGAAUGGAUGACUAAAACAGCAGAAACAGAAAAACAAGAAUGGUUUUCUGAUCAGCCCCCUGAACAGGAACAAUAUUAUCACACUUCAGCACCAGUCAUUAUUUUCCAAAUGAUUGAUCAGCAUUUGCAAGUGACUAACACCAUACAUUCUGAGCUAACGUUCAAGGCGUUAGUGAUGAGUAUUCAACAAGUGGAAGUUUUUGGACAAUCUUAUUUAAAGAACGUGAUCGAAUUAAAGGAACACCAUUUUCGUAAUCGUGAUCAAAUAAAAUACUUUACUCACCACAUAAUCACAAUUGUUAAUAACAGUCAACAAAUGGUAGAGUUGGCCCAGCAAAUGAAACAAUUAUAUUGGCCUAAAUCCCGUACGGAACAUUACGAAGAUUUUGAAAAACUUCUUACCACAUUCCAAAGAAUUCGGGCUCAUGCUACAAGCUAUUUGCUCGAAGAAGCUUUCCUAGACAUGGAAUGUCAUUUCAAUGAUUUAUUCACAAUGAAAUGGCUGGGUUCUACGAUUUCUGUGGAUACUAUAUGUGUUACUUUGCUAGACUAUUUCCAGGAUUAUAAACACUUGCGUCCCAACAACUUUGAGAUGGUGAUUAGCGAAGCACAGAAACUACUUGCAAAACGGUAUAUACGUGCUUUGCUUUCCAAACGUUUAUCAAAGUCUCGGACUGAAUGUGAAGCAAUUACUACGAAAAUAAAUCAGGAAGCGAAGCGUUUUAAGCAGUGUUUUGAAAAAAUCGCGCCUAACUUAACAAUGAGCGGCUCUCCAUUGGAUCUGAUACCAACGCUAUCGGCUUUGCUAUCUGGCGAUAUUGAAUUGCUGGUACUAGACCUUCAUACGCUUCUAGGAAAUUAUCCGUCCUUGAGUGAAGAUCAUAUUGUACGAUUAUUUUAUUUACGAAAUGAUGUAAAGGCCAGUGAAGUACGAGAAAAGGUGCAAGAUGCUGCAAAAUCAAAGAAGGCAAUGGUUAGCAUUGCCAAACAAGAUUGCAUAUUUAAAGAAAUUGUAUUCAACGAUAAAUUGUGGUAGAAGUUAUAUGUAGUUAGUCAGCUAGAGUUGACUUUCAAAUUUUCAUUUACUUAUAUCAAAAAAAUAUACAUAUAACGAAUAUAACAAUGUACUGCAUGGUGAUUGCAAGGUAUUAUCGAACUACUCAGAAAUAACUUUCAAAAUAUAGUUUAAAUAGUUCAUACAGUUAAAAAAUUUAUAUCGAAAAUGUUUCAAUCGGAUUGUAUUAUAUUUUUGGGAAAUCUGUUAAAAAGAAUAUGGGCAAAUCUCCCGAACAAAAUACACAAAAAGAAAAAAAAAAAAAAUUGUUUAAAAUCUAUCCAGAAAACAUUUAAUUCUUAUAUGAUUAUUCUGUAAAUGCUGAAAGAGUUAUAAAUUGCAAGCAGCAUAUGUUUGCAAUCACCGUAGGAUGCAAGUGUUUACAAAAAACGUUCCGUCGACAGUCGGCUCUACGUAACAGAAACGUCCCGGAUUUAUGUGCGGCUAAGGACUGUCACUUCAGCAGCAUUCCGCGCAUGUCUAUGGGGAAUGUUUAUGCUGCUACGACAACAACAGCGUUUACAAAACUAACGCCACUUAUUAGUAAUAAUUUGUUGUUUUAUUAGAAUAAAAAUAUAACUUUUUCAAAUAAUUAUUUUAGAAGGUUAUCUACCGAUCACGUAUAAAUUCAACCUGUUAUUUUUUAGUCUGAAAAUGUGUCAUCCAAAACACUAAAUUUAAAGACAUUCAAACAAAAUAUUUUCCAGACAAAGUUAUUAUAUUUUCUUUACUUUCUGUAUUUAUAAAGCCUUAUUUUAUUUUUGGAAAAAUGGAAAAAG